UUAAUGACAAAGAUGGUUUAUAUAUUGUGAAGGACGUCUAUUUUAUACCCAAGAAGAUAACAGUACAGGUUUACAACAUGUCUGUCAUCAUACGUCUCCAAGGUCUCCCUUGGUCUUCUAGUGCCUCAAGCAUACGACAGUUCUUCAAAGGUCUGAAUAUACCGCCAGGAGGCGUUCAUAUUAUCGGUGGAGAGAAAGGAGAUGCGUUCAUUGCAUUCAGCACGGAUGAGGAUGCAAGGCAAGCUAUGAUGUUGAACCUGGGAAAUAUUGAUGGUAGCCAAAUUAUGUUAUAUCUUAGUAGCAAAACACAAAUGCAACAAGUUAUUGCAGAGGCAAGAGGGCAGAGUACAAGUGAUCCGCCAUACCAGUCUCAGUAUCCUCCGGCGUCCUCAGAACAGUCGUAUCCUCCACAACAAGGCCAACACCCUCCGGUAUCAAUGGCUUCAUCCCAGAACUAUCCAUAUCCGUCACCGCAGAUGGACCCCAAUCAGGGUUACGGAUACCCCAGACAAGGAUCGUCAGAAAAACAAGAUACCAUCAGUUCUGAUCACGAUCGUUUUGGGGCUGCAUAUGGACAGACAGGAGUUCGUUCACACAUGGACAGUUCGUCUCAGAGUUCUUUUCAAUCAGACGACACAACUCCACGAUCACUGACUGAGUUUGAAAAGCGUAACCCGGCGCAGAGAAGUGCCCUGAAUGAUGAUACACGAAAUGAAGGGAAUAAAGAUUCAAAUCUCCAGUUUGAUCCACAGAAGUUAAUUUCUGAUCUUUCCAAAUCAGGCUUACUGAAUCCAAGUAUUUUAAGUAAACCAACAGGCGUUGAUGAUCAAAAACCGUCACUUCUCUUAAGUUCCUCACAGACUUCAAAUGAAUCAUCAUUCCCCGAGGAUAGAUAUUCAAAUAAUUAUCCACCUGAAUCAUACAACAGAGAAUCGUAUUCCAGAGGGCAAUAUGAACAGUACCGAGACAGCUAUGACAAGGAACAAUACAGGGGAAAUGCUCCACCGAGUGAAAAUAACAGUUUCAACAGAGGUCCUUACGAUGGAAGACCAAAUGAAAACUCGCAAAACUUCCCUCAACAAGGUAUCAGAGAAGGCAGAGGUCCCUACUAUCCUGGCCAGAUGAAUUACAGAAACUCUGAGUCAAGAGAUGGUGAUCAAAGAUCGUUUCCUCCUGAAGGAAGAGAAAUUUUUGACAGAAAUAGUGACCAAAGUUUGCCAAUUGCUCGAAAUGAUAAUCGCGCUUUUCCAUUUAAUAGACAGCCUCCUUUCCUUGAUAGACCUCCUCUGGACGCACCUCAAAGUCAACAAAGUAGUUAUGAUUGGAAUUCUGAGAAUAGAGGACCAUAUGACAGACAUACUGUACCUGAUCAACCUCCGCCACGUAAAUCACGAUUCGAACAGCAACCGGACGAAAAUUAUAGGGACGAUAAUAGGCGGUUUGAUCGACCGCCGCUUGAUCGUAGACCGCCGUAUGAUGAUUCUCAAUCUGGAGACAAACAGUUUGAUAGACCCGUUGAUACUACACCUCCUUUUGAUCGACCUACUGAUUCGAGACCUCUCUUUGAUAGGCCACCUGAUUCAAGGCCACCUUUUGAUCGGCCUUCCGAGUCUAGACCUCCAUUUGAUAGACCCCCAAACUCUAGGCCACCGUUUGAUAGACCUGACUCAAGACCACCAUUUGACAGAUCCCAAGAAUCAAGGCAACUAUUUGAAGGAAACAGGGAAAGAUUUCACCCAAAUCAGAGACCUAUUUUUAAUAGGGAUCCCCAACUUGGAGACAUAGAAUCUCGCAGAGAAUCGCGUUUUGACGAUGUUGGAUCUCCUCCAUUAGCAAGAGAUGAUGACAGAUAUAGACCACCUCCUCAUGGAAGACCUCCAUUUGAUAAAGAAGUGGAUCGCCCUGACAGUGAACCACAAGCAGGAGAUGGGCUUCUCGGACCAGGGCCUCCUCUAAAAAGACUUGAUGGAAAGAUUGAAAAUUAUCCACCUUUUGGUGGACCAGGUGGACCCAGAAUGCCCCCACCAUUUAGACCAGGAUUGAGACAUCAUUUUGAAGGGGACGGUGGUUUUCCAGAGAGAAGAGGCCCUCCCAUGCCUAGAUUUGGUCCGCGGGGAAUAGAACAUCGAGGAUCUAGACCACUACAAAGACCAGGUGUACCUGAUCAAGGUCCAAGGCCACUGUUGGAUCAUUUCGAACGCUCUCCUGUGGAUCAAGACCGCCGACUUCCACCUGUCGCACGAGUUAAUCCGAAUGAUCGAGGAUAUUCAGAUAAUAUUCCAUCUCUUUUUGAUCUUGAUAACCGUUUUGCCCUAAAUUCACAGGAAUCGUCUAAGAAACCAGAAGUUCCAAUCGACGCUGAUAUGAGGGAUCCUAAAGAUCGAUUACGAGACAGUGCAGAUAACAAGAAAUCCGACACAGAUUCACGGCUAAAGUCAACUGAAGAUCGUCGGGAUGCUCGAGAUAAGGACAGCCGUGAUAGUAGGGAUAAUCGUGACAGAGAAUCGCGCGAUAACCGAGACUCCAGAGAUUCACGUGACAGAUAUAGUCGAGAUAGAGACAGGGACAGAGAUAGGGGUCGUGAAAGAGAAAGAGACCGUGAUAGGGAUAGAGAGCGAUCUCGUGACCGGGACAGGUAUGAUAGAGAUCGAGACAGACGCCGGGAUGAUGAUCGUGAUCGUAGAGAGCGCCGAGAUGACAGAAGUGAUCGUGAUAGAGAUCGCGACCGAAGAGAUAGAGAUCGAGCUAAAGACAUCAGGCGGGAUAGCAAAGGACGCGACCAGUUUGGAAGAGAUAUACCUCGUUCUAAAGACGACGGCGAAAAAAAAGACUCUGAUAGUCAGCGAAGUUCAUCUAACACCAACCAGAAAACUCCGAUAAAAGCACCUGAGACAAAUACCCAAACAAAAACUGAUUCCAGUAAUCCUGCACAGGGUAAACUACCUGAGGAUACGGAUUCUCGAGGUCUAAAACGACCCUUGCUCUCUACCGAUCCUGAUAUUUCUGUUAGAGUACAGGGUUUCCCAUUGCAUGUUAAUUUCAGAGAUAUAAGGCAAUUUUUUACAGGGUGCGAAAUCCCAUGGGAUGGUAUGAAAAGUGAAAAGGAUGAAAGGGGUCAAGCAACAGGAAUUAUGUUUAUUAAGUUUCAAAACCAACGAAGUUUCUGGGAAGGACUUAAUAAAAAUGGAAAACGUUUUUCAGAUGGUAAUCGAAUCGACGUUACAAAAUGUAAUCUUAAGGAGUUCGAAAAUUGCGACCCAAUUUCUAAACUAGAAAAUUCUGAAAGCGAAGAGACAAAACGUCCAAAGAUGGAACAACCUUUAAGAACUUCACAAUAUAUUAUACAUAUGAAAGGACUUGGAAUCAACGGAAAGAAACUUGAUGUAGUAGAAUUUUUCAAAGGAUGUGAAAUAGCAAAGAACGGAGAAGGCAUUCACAUUGAAUAUGACAUCAAAAAUCGUUGCACUGGCACAGCGUUUGUAGAAAUGUUAACAUUAUCAGACUUUCAAAGUGCUUUGCUGUUAGAUGGGAAAAUGUUUAACUCUCGUGUUAUCCGUAUUUCAGCGGGAAGUCUUCGUGAUGUGGAACUGUUGCAUGAGCGUAUGAAAGAUGUCAUGGCAAACAAAAAAAUUGAGGAACAAGAGAAGAAACCUCUAUUGCCGAAUCCUGUAAACGUCGAACCAAACAGGAUUUUAGCCCCGGAUGGUGAAUACAGAAAUCGCAUAACUACCAAUCUUCAUUGCGUGCAUCUUCAAGGACUACCACCUCAUGUUGUAGCUAAAGACAUCGCUAAACUCUUUGAUGGAAUUGAUAUUGCACAGCGAGGAAUACAGAUAGUCCAUGAUUCAAAUGGAAGACCAUUAGGAGAAGCAUUUGUAGAGUUCACUAACAAUUCUGAAUGCGAGAAAGCGCUAAAUAUGCCCGAGAGGACGAUCGGUGAUCACGAAGUAAGCCUGAAACCUAUUCCAAAAUCAGAAAUGGUGGAUAUCCUAAAACAAAUUCGACCGCCUUCACGAGGAGGGAAUUAUCCUCCUAUGCACGGUCCUCCGCCUCACGGCAUGGGUCCUCAUGGCGGCCCUCCAGGACCCCGAGGACCACCGCCUCACGGAGGACCCCAUCCACCCAAAGGUGGACCAAUGCCUCACGGGGGCCCACCGCAACACGGACCACCACCUCACGGGCCCCCGCCACAUGGACAUCCGCCCAUGCGUCCUCCACAUGGGCCACCACACGGACCGCCUCAUUCUCCGCAUGGACCACCACCAUCGUCAGGGCCCUAUAUAGGCAGACGAUUCCCAGUGCUUAUAAAAGGUUUACCUUUCACCAUUUCGAUACGCGAAGUCACCAAUAUGGUUCAGGGUUACAGUCCUAUUGUAGAGUCCGUUAGAGUAAUGGUUGGGAACGAUGCAGGAGGAACCUCUGCCAUGGUUUCUUUCCGCUGUAUGGAGGAUGCUGAGCAAGUUAUUCGAGAUCUGAAUAACACGUUCUACAGAAAUAAACAGAUCCAUUUAUCACCAGCGCCGAUGUAAACUUCAAGAAAUAAAGUUAAACACUGACGGCAGCAAGUGGGGGAGGCAGUAGCACUGAAAUUUCCCUUACUUCCACGCACUGUGACCAUUUUUUCACCAUGCAGGCUGAAAAACUGACAUUUUAAUAGAAACUUUUAGUUCUUUUAAUUUUAUUGGCUGGGGCAUGGGGAUCUCUUUGUCCGGCUUCUUUUUCUUCUCUGAGCGGAGAUCUGCUUUCAUUCAAAUGAUGAGAACAUUCUUAUACAUAAGAGAUGUUGCUAAUCUAACUGGAGAUUAAAAUAGGAUUUAGCAAGAAAACUUCCGAGAACCACUAUUACAGAUCUUUUCCAAAUUUUUACUGUGAAUUUUUGUGAAGUUACCUGUGAAUUUUACAUUUUAUGGGUGCAAGAUUUUCAAACCAUGCAAUUUAAUAUUUUAAAAUUGUAACCAAUACAUGAGGUUUUAGAAUUUAAACUAAAACGAAUGGCAACUUAUAUAAGAAUUUAUCAUCAGCACAGAAUUGAACUUGUAGUCGUAUUAACCGACACGGACUGGUUUGUUAAGAUGGUUAUUUUAAUUGUACAUAAUAUAUGUAUCUUGUGUUCACGGAAAAUGUUUAAUCAUGAUUUAGUAUGCUCUCUCCAAAAUUAAAGAGAACAAUCUGAA